UAUCUCCGUAGCGUCACUCGAUUUGCGCGGGAAACGGGAUUGACGCUACAAUUCGUUCGUGACGCGUUCGAAAUUCAAAAUUAUUUUAUUUUUAUUCUGAAAUUAAAUAUUAAUAAAUUAAAAAUAAAUAAAAAGGUGAUUCUAGUCAGUGUUGUUUUUUAAAAUGGUGAAUAAAAUGUACAAAGUUACGUCUGAAAAGGUGGUAAACCACGGAAGCAAACACAAUCAAGUUUUAAUGUCAAUAGUCGUAUGCAUGCCAAUCCUGGCCUACGGCACAGCUAUGGGAUGGAUAUCUCCAAACAAGGCGCUUUUGAUGGGAACCUCCUCCCCUGCCGCUACGAGGCUCACCGAAGAAGACGUCUCCUGGAUGGCGUCUAUUAUGUUCAUAUUUGCACCAAUAGCCGUGUUCAUAUAUGGCGCGGCGGCUGACAGAUUUGGCAGAAAAAAUGCGCUAUUAUGUGCAUCUUUACCCAUAACGCUCGGAUGGAUAGUGAAGCUGGCUUGCACGCACCCUGUCGCGUUGAUAGGGGCGCGCGCGCUCAUAGGCUUCGGCUCCGGCGGAGGGUUCGUGGUGUGCCCGCUCUACGUCAAAGAGAUCAGUGAGGACAGCAUUCGGGGCAUGACUGGCACAUUUGUUAUCUUCUCUCAGACCGUCGGUAAUCUACUGGUCUUCAUAUUGGGCGAUCUGCUGCCGUUCCAAACCGUGCUGUGGAUUCUACUCGCGAUACCAUUGGUACACUUCUGCAUACUGCUGCGAUUGCCCGACACGCCCUCCUACCUUAUUAAAUGUGGAAAGAAUGAGGAAACAGCUAAGGUGUUGGGCUGGCUGCGGUCUCUCCCUCACACUGAUAAGGCUAUCAGUGAAGAGGUGGACAGGUUGAUCAUCGAACAGACCACCUGCGAGCCUAAAUUUUCACCGAGACUACUGUUUGGCGAUAAAACUGCACUGAAAGCCUUUUGGGUGGCGCUAAUAGUGAACCUGACACGGGAGUUCUGCGGAUGCAUCGCUGUCCUGGUGUACGCUAGCCACAUCUUCGCGCAAGCUGGGAAGGAUCCGGACACCAGCAUCGCGCUAUCGCCGAACAAACAGUCGAUCUUGCUCGCUGCUGUUCAGAUCAUUGGGUCGUUUUUGGCAUGCCAACUCGUUGAUCGGGCAGGCAGAAAGCCUCUUCUAGCAGUAACGAGCGCGGUGGCAGGUUUCAGCAUGUGUCUGCUCGGCGCGUGGUUCUACCUGCAGAGCGCGGGAGUAUAUCUACCGGGUUGGGUGCCCAUCAUGGCGCUGUGUGUCUGCAUCUUCGCCGACGCGUCGGGCUUGCAACCGCUGCCGUUCGUUAUUAUGACCGAAAUGUUUAACUUCCAACUGCGCGGCACCGUUGCAACACUCAUCAUGGCGAUUUCCCUCGGCACCGACUUUGCACUGCUCAAACUAUUCGCCCCGCUGAAUACGUGGAUCGGAUACCACUCCACCUUCUGGGUAUUCAGCUUCAUAUGCUUAGCAAACGUCUUCUACCUCAUUUUCUGCGUACCAGAGACGAAGAUGCGUAACCUCGAAGACAUAUACGCAGAUUUGGAAGGCAAGAAACGGCGGAAAAAGGAAGAAACAGUCGUAGAAACCAAUCAUGUAUAGUUUUGUAUAUUUAAUUUGUGAUUCUGAUACUUUUGUUCUGAAUAUUCUGGAAUGACUGAAUGAAUGAGGGUAUGAAUGGAACUGCGUGUUAUAUACAGGAUGCUCGGGAGUAUUUCCCACAACUCUAGGGUUAUAUUCUUUAAAGAAAAUUUAAUUAAAAAUGUCUAAGGAACAUGUGUUCUAAAAUGGAUAUUUUCGGAGUAAAAACAUUUUUUUUGUAAAUAGAUCUUAAAUUGAGUCCCCUAUAUCGCAUCCUUAUAUUAUGACGUAGCCAAACUUAUUCAUUGAUAAAUAUCAUGAAGUUGCUUACUAGUGAAGUGCGGAGUGCCAGUUGCAAUAUCUCGUCGAUAUCGACAGUCUUACCACUACGAUUACGUAUUUUAAAAUGCAAGGAUAGAUUAAGGCGUGUGUUACAUGGAUAGUCGGAAUUAUUUGAAUUACUAUGUCUAAAAACAUAGUUUUUUUUUAGUUAAAAAAAAAUUGUUAUGCAAUUCGGCUUCUGUAAGUGGAUUUGUCAACACUUUGCAAUGAAGUUGUGGGAAAUACUCCCGAGCACCCUGUAUAAAUAUACUUAUAAGCUAAAAGUAGUUAACGUACUAGAAUACUCAAAUAAAUAUGCUGCAAAAUAAUAUUAAUAUUUGGCUCCCAUGUGAAAAGAAAAUAGAAUCUCUGUUAAAUACGAAUUACUAUGUAAUUUCCCAUCGUUUUGUUUUUUUGUAUAUAAAAAAUGUAACAAACAAUUAAAUGUAAGUGUAAAUAAUAUUAGAAAUACUUGUAAAUAUUCUGAAAUGUGAUAUUUGUAUUAAAAACUUAAAAAAAUAUAUAUAUUUCAUUCGAGUCAAUUGGCUUGUGAUAUUUUCUCCAUUUCGUUACCAAGUAGUUUAUUUAACAACUUUGUAACAAAACCCCACAUUUUUAUUAAAUCAAAAAAAAAGGGCACUCAUCGAUCUUCUAUUAAAAAGUGGAUGCACAAUCAGCGACCAAAAAACGUCUCCACUCAAUGAGUGCCAAACACAACUUCUUGGCACUCAAUUCAAGUAGUCUCAUUUACAAAUUCAACCUUAAACUCAAUUCUUAAGGUUGAAUUUGCUCUGAAUUUGGGAUUUUAUUAAAUAUUGGACUAUAUUUAAAGGUAUUUAGGUAUAUUUUUUUUUACCAAUAAUUCUAAAACUACCAAAGCAAAAUUGACCAGUUUUUAAAUGAAAUUUUCCACAUAAUAAUGAAUUUUUAAAAUUUUUUUUGAAUGGGGCAACAAGGUUUAAUAACUUAUUUUGUGACACUCUUAAAUAAGGGUAGGUUAAAAAAAACUUCACAUUUACAAGAUUUAGAUACUUAUUUUAAUAAAUAACCAGCCUAGUUUACAAAAGCAUUUUUUUUUUUCAAUUUUCAAUUUGUUUUUUUAAAUAGGUAUCUUUACAAACUAAUUCAGUGAUAACUUCUUUACCAGCUCGGUAUACAAUGUAUUUUCCUCAUCCAAACACAAAAAUAUAGCUGUUGCGGCUCUUAAAUAAGGACUAGUCAAGACAACAUAUUUAAAUCUUUAUGUUAAUAUAAAUAUCAUUCUUAUCUGUUUUAUCGUAUAUGCUCACAAUAAUAUGGAAGUUUUUUAACAGCCUUAAUAGAAUUUUACAUAUUGUUACUUAUUUCUCAACUGUCAGAUGGCCUGAGAUAUUUUAUCAAUUUGACAAUUCAAGAAGUUUUAAUUAUUUAUUGAAUAAAAUAUCGGGAAUCAUUACACUUAUUCUGUUCCUCUAGUUUUGUUACAUUUGUAAUAAUUAAUCCCAUAUUUUUUAGUUAAUUUAUUUUAUAAAUGUUAGAACACUGCUCAGUUAGAAUCCAUUUGAUCGACAGAACAACAAAUGCCUGCAGCGAAAUGAAUAAUCCUACAACAAGAACGUUUCUUAGUUUUAUAAAAACAUAAUAUAUAAAAUGAGUUUUUUAAAAACAAUUUAUUUAAUAAGUCAAAAAUGGAAUUACACUUUUCCUAGUACGAGUAUCUUCUUAUUCAAUAAUUCCAAUUCGCAAGUUUAUCUACAUACAAAGGUUUUCACCAUUGUGAAAAUUAAUUACUGUAACAAAAUAUAAUAUCGAUUAAUACAGAAAUACUACAAUAUUUGAUAAUAAUGAAUGAUAUUUUGAUGUUACUCUUUUUAAUAUUAAAGACGUGUCAAUUGAGCAAAAAUAUUGGUAGCAAUAUACACUAUCUACUUGUAAUAUUACCUCGUAUAUAACUUUACAUAAUUUAUAACGGAAAGACGGAGAUGUUGUAUUUAACAAUUAUUUCAUUGAUGACUAUUAUUUUUAAUAUUAACAAAAAAUAUAAUCGUCGUGGUCCAUGAUUUUCCUUACGGUAUGACUUAGUAAUUAAAAACACAUUCAUGUUAUGCCAUAACUUUUUAAACACGAUCUGUGCCUAGUGGCAGUUUUCAAUAUUUUCGUACUGGACGAUCGCGUUUACGGUUACGCGAUAGUCACACGGAAAUCUAUUUAUGUACAGGUAUCAAACUCAAAUUGUAGACAUCUCUAGAAGAGCAUGUACCUAUUAUACAGGGAGCUCGGGAGAAUUUCCCAGAACUCAGGGGUUAUAUUCUUUACCGAAAAUUAGUUAAAAAUGUUCAAGGAACACGUGUUCUAAAAUUAAUAUUUUCAGAGCAAAUAAUAUUUGUUUUGUAAAUAGAUCUUAAAAUAGGGGGCACCCUUAUAAUUAUGACGUAGCCAAGUUUGACGUAUUUUAAAAUGCAAGGAUAGAUAAAGGCGCGUGUUACACGGAUAGUCGGAAUUACUUGAAUUGCUUUGUAUAAAAAGUUUCUAUGUAUUAGUUUUAAAAAACAACUACUCAACGUGAAGUUACGGAAAGUACUCCCGAGCACCCUGUAGACUUGUAUUAUAAAAUACAAUAUUACUUCACUUCAAGUUGACUGAUCUUUAUACCACAACUACGCCGCGCCUGUCAGUCUGUCUGCUCGAGAUAAACUCAAAGACCACUGAACGUAUUCUCAUGCGGUUUACACCAAUAGAUAGUAAAAAUUAUGAGGACAGUUUGAUACAUAAUUUGUCAAGAUUUUAUGUAAAUUGAUUGUAAUGUGACGAUAAUUGUUGAAGAGUUAGCAGUCAAUUUGAAGUGGACAAUUAUUUUAUAGUACAUUUAGAAUGAAUUUUAAAGGAUUUUGUGAAAUAGAUCACUUUUGAACUUCAAUGAAAAAUGUACAUAUUAUAAUACUAAUUUUAUAAAUGCGAAAGUAAAUCUGUUUGUCUGUCAAUCUGUUACCUUUUCACGGCUAAACCGCUGAACCGAUUUUAACGAAAUUUGAUAUAGAGAUACCAUGGAGCAUAGGUUACUUUUUCCCGGAAUAAUCUAGAUUCUAGACGUAUUAAAAACAGAUUUUACGCGAACGAAGUCGCAGGCGCCCGCUAGUUAUACCAUAUAUUUAAGUUGUUAAAAUAUAUGUCACAAUAAUAUGUACAUUUUUAUAACUAUUUCGUCAUUCUAAAUCUUAUGAUGUUAAAUCAAAAUCACAUGAUAAAAACUGUAAAAACAAAAAAUGAAAAUAAGUUAAAUACAUUUUUAAUCUUGAUUAUAUUACAUUGUUCAGUUAUUUCCAAAUAGUGAUUAUUUUUAUAUAUGUAUAUAGUGAUGGGUUUUAUCAUAUACACGUCAUUUAAAACGCCUUUAGUUCAUAAAAAAAAGGUUUCUUUUCUACGAAAUUCGAGUGAUUUUAUUACCUAUAUAGACUAUAAAAAAAAAUAUAAAUAUUACAAAUUUCACUUUUAGACCUAGAUAAUUUAAGUUUUUUGUCAAUAUUUCAUUUGGAUAUGAAUAUUACUUAUAUAUUACUAUCGAUCUCAAAUAAUAAACUGGAUUCACAAACGAAUCAUCAUGAUCAUAAUUAAUUUGAUUCAGUAAACAAGGCCAUUUGGAUUUUUUAGAAUCUAAGUACUAGAUAGUAUUACUAGAAUGUUAUAAUUUAUAAUAAAGUAUAUAUGUACAUAAUAUAAUGUAAUUAACCCAGACAUAUAUAUAUAAAUAACUAUAUAGAAUAGAUUUGUUUGUCAGGCUAAUAAAUGUUUUUCUGUCCAUGUUGCUACCAAUAUACUAUAAUUUCGAUAUUUACAAUUUUCUGGUAAUCCAGUCAAAAUUGAUCACUCACACCCUAUAUAGUACUGCAAAAUUAGAUUAUUGUUUUUGAUGGGAUAUACAAAACAAAUUAGUACCUACUUACUUAAUUAAAAAAAAAAAACAAUAAAUUUUUGUUCAUGAUUUUGGUGUACAUUUUGCUUGUUUUAAUAAAAAAAAUCAUUCUACCUCCACAAUCGGCUUAUAAAUGCGAAGAUUAUUAUCAUAUAUAUCAUAUAUUAUCAUAUAUAGAUUAUUAUUAUAUAGAAAAAUCACAGUUUGUGAAUCCAUUCUAGUAUUAAGAGAUACAUAUAUUUUUUAGUACUACGAUAAUUGUUAAAUGUUUACUUUUCAACCCUGAAAAGAGUUGAACACAGCCAAAGUACCGUAAUUAGGAAGUCUACAUACUUGUUGAACAAAAAUAUGUUCACUAUCCCCUUCUAAUCCCUUAUGUGGGAGAGAUAAAGGAGAAUGUCCACUAGCCAAUACAACAUCGGCCCCGGUAACCCAGGUAUACCCCCGUAUAAAAGUAUAUGACGUGUAAAUAAGGAUCUGGUUAAAUAAAAGUA